UUUUUUUUAAAUAAUUAAUUAUUGCGUGAUUGCAAAUAAAUCUCUUCACAUUUUAUCGCAAUGAGAUAGUGCACUGAGCAAUUGAUUUACGAUAAAUAAAAUAUAAUAUAUUUUUUUAUACAUGCUUCCGUAGAAUUCAAUUUUUAAUCAAUUAUAAGCGAUUGACUUGAUCUACUGUUUAAGAUGAUGAUACUUUUAAUUUAAAUACCGUAAUUUAAAUGAAAGUAAGGAUAGAAAAAUUGAAAUUGUACCGGAGAAUGUCGUCCGAUGCCAUGUUUAUUCAAUAAAUAAGUUCCACGUUGGACAUGCUCGCAAAGUGAGCAACAUGGCCACGAAGGAGACCAAUCUGCCUGCGCUUUACGGGGAAUUAAAUAAAUUAGGACAGAAUGGGGAAUACGAAAGAGCCUUAAAGAUUGCGAAUAAGAUUUUAGGGCUUUCUCAAGAUGAAGAAGCUGCAUUCCAUUGUAAAAUUAUUUGUUGGAUUCAGCUGUCAAAGUUCAAUGAUGCUCUUCAAUUUAUUUCUAAGAACCCCAAAUUGGCAGUCAACUUGGAUUUCGAAAAGGCUUACUGCUUAUAUAGAUUAAAUCAAGUACCAGAAGCAUUAAAAGUAGUGGAAAAUGUUCCCAAUCCUUCCUUAAAGCUCAAGGAAUUGAAAGCACAAAUAUUGUACCGACUUGAGAAAUAUGAGGAAUGUUUUAGCGUGUACAGAGAUAUAAUAAAAAAUUCUCAUGAUGACUAUGAAAAUGAAAGAGAAGCAAAUCUUGCAGCUGUGGUUGUCAACUUGGCAACAGAGGAUUCUAAUUUGGAAGUUCCUGCUUUACGUGAGGACACGUAUGAAAUGACAUAUAAUGCAGCAUGUUAUUUAGUUGCACAAGGCAGUAAAGGAGAUAGAGCACUUCUAGUAGAAGCAGAGAGAAAACUUAGGGCAGCUGAGAAAAUGUGCAGGGAAGCUCUUGAAGAGGAUGGAGUUGCUGAGGAAGAAAUAGAAGAUGAAUUAGGGAUUAUUAGAGUUCAACUCGGAUGCUGUCUCCAGCUUCAAGGUCGCGAGAAAGAAGCUCAAGUGUUGUACACUUCAGCUUUGAAGGCAAAGCCAGAUGAUAUAGCUCUGGUAGCAGUUGCAAGCAAUAAUCUUGUAUGUCUCAAUAAGGAUCAGAAUGUGUUCGAUAGCAAAAAAAGAAUGAAGAGUGCUACUCAUGAUAGUUUAGAGCACAAGUUAACUUCCAGACAAAGAAGGAACAUUGCAUAUAAUCAGUGCCUACUUGCUUUAUACACUGAUCAGGGAGAACAGUGUCAAUCAUUUUGUAAUAAGCUUGCAAAAGACCACCCUGCAUUAGCUGCAGAUGCAAUGUUCAUUAAAGCUGUGCAAUUAGGUAAAGAGGGUAAAGCAAAAGAUGCAGCAAAAUUAUUGACUCAGUAUGCAGUUGGAGAAAAAGAGUUAUCGAUGAAAUUGGUCUGCGUGCAACUAUUACUGAGUCAAGAUGAGAAACAAGAAGCGAUUGAGACUCUCGAGAACUUAAAUGAAAGAGAUAAGUCACUUCCUGGCAUAGUCAGCGCCCUUGUAACACUUUACAUGGCUAAUAAUAACCGCGAGAAAGCAUCGGCCGCGCUCAAGAACGCCGUUAAUUAUUACAAAAGGAAUAAAGAAACCACUGCUAAUUUAGGAGAGUUUUGGCGGCAGGCGGCUGACUUCUACCUUCGCGGAGGUGAUAUUAAGGUAGCGGCGGAUAUUUUACAGGAAAUGGUGGACGCCUCGCCUUCGGAUACUAAAACAUUGGCACAGUUGGUGGUAGCAUAUGUACAGUUCUGUCCUGAAAAGGCGCAACUAUUAUCCAAGCGCUUGCCGCCACUUCACGAUCUUGCGGAAACAACUGAUGUAGAUUCCUUGGAGAGCAGUAACUGGGUCAUAGGUACCAAGGUGGUCAGGAAAAAGAUAGAACCAUCCCCUGGCAAACCUGCCGUUGAUCCGACGCAAAAGAAGCGCAAGAAGCGUAAACGCAAGGGAAAAUUGCCCAAAAAUUACGAUCCAAAUGUUCCCCCUGAUCCUGAACGGUGGUUACCCAAACACGAACGUAGUGGAUUCAGAAAGAAACGUGAUAGGAGAAACCGGGAUGUUGCAAUGAAGGGUACUCAAGGUGCUGCCGCUGGAGCCAGUGAUCUUUACGAUAUCACCAAAAUGUCUACAAAUGCUAAACCUUCCCCUAACCCACGGCAUAGCCCAGCAGUGGAAACAUCCGGUCCACGACAACAACAACGGAAAGUGCAACAGAAAAAGAAAAAGAAGGGAGGAAAAUGGUAAUCACGAUUGUUCGUAUUUUAAUUGUAUUUUAGCAAGUUGUUACGAAGAAUCAACUAACUGUUUAUGUACAGUGCACUAUACUGCCAUUUUUAAAACAACUUCAAUCAGUUAACAUUUCCAAUCUUUGGUACUAGGUUCGAUUGUAAUAGGAUUCUAAAUGUGAGGAAAAUAUAUGCAAAAAUGUGUGGUACAUAAAAUA